AUGGUCAACUCGACCUACACGCCAGAGCACAACCUGGUGACGCAGGCCAUCGUCGAUGGCGAGGCGACCGACAUCAUCUACAACCUCGGCGACAUGGCGUGGAUCAUUGUCGCCACGGGCCUCGUCUUUAUCAUGAUCCCCGGCCUCGGCUUCUUCUACUCGGGCCUCCUCCGGAAAAAGUCGGCCCUCAGCAUGCUCUGGAUGUCGAUGGUGCUCCUGGCCAUUGUGUCGUUUGAAUGGUUCUUCUGGGGCUUCUCGCUCGCCUUUUCCACGGGCACCGACAACCCCUUUAUCGGCAACCUCGACAACUUUGGCCUGAUCAACGUCGACAUGGGUCCCUCGACGGGCGGUGCCGUGGUGCCGCAGCUCCUCUACUGCAUCUUCCAGCUCAUGUUUGCCGCCAUCACCGUCGUGAUCGCGUGCGGCGCCUUCGCCGACCGCGCCCGCCUCGGUCCCGUGAUGCUCUUCGCCUUUUGCUGGACGACGCUCGUCUACAACCCCAUCGCCUACUGGACCUGGAACGUCGGACGCGGCUGGUCGAGCAAGAUGGGCGGACUCGACUUUGCCGGCGGCACGCCCGUCCACAUCUCUUCGGGCACCGCCGCCCUCGCCAUCUCGAUGUUCCUCGGAAAGCGCAAGGGCUACGGCACCGAGGCCCUCGCCUACCGCCCGCACAACGUCAGCUACGUCGUGCUCGGCACCGUCUUUAUCUGGUUUGGCUGGUUCGGCUUCAACGGCGGCUCGGCCCUCGGCGCCAACCUGCGCGCCGUCCAGGCCAUGAUGGUGACCCAGAUCAGCGCCUCGGUCGGCGGUCUGACCUGGAUGUUCUGGGACUGGCGCCUGGAGCGCAAGUGGUCCGCCGUCGGCUUCUGCUCGGGCGCCAUCUCGGGCCUGGUCGCCAUCACGCCGGCCUCGGGCUACGUCGGCACGCCCGCCGCCGUCGCCUUUGGCGUCGUCGGCGGCACCGCGUGCAACUUUGCCACGGGCCUCAAGAACCUGCUGGGCUACGACGACGCCCUCGACAUCUUUGCCGCCCACGGCAUCGGCGGCAUCGUCGGCAACCUCCUCACGGCCUUUUUCGCCGACAGCCGCGUCGCCUCGUUUGACGGAUCCACCCAGGCCCCGCUCGGCUUCAUCAACCACGAGUGGAUCGCCAUUGCCAAGCAGCUCGCCGACUCGGCCGCCGGCUUCGGUUGGUCGUUUGCCGUCAGCCUCAUCCUCCUCUUUGUCAUCGACCGCAUCCCCUACUGCCACUUCCGCUCCAGCGAGGACGACGAGACGCUCGGCAUCGACCUCGCCCAGGUCGGAGAGGAGGCCUACUACAUCCCCCUCCCCGUCGACCUGCCCGCGGGCCACCACGCCGAGGCCGACUUGGUCUCGAGCAGCGUCAAGCACAUCUCGCCCGCCCAGAGCGAAAAGGAGUUCCGCGAGCAUCUCAGCGACUGA